AUGGGGGAGAGGGGACGCGGGGGACGGGGGAAGCGGAUGGGCGGGAGGGAGGGGAGGAAGGCGUUUGUUGAUGGAGAGGCGGAUGGGGAGAGGGAGGAGGGGGAGGAGGGAGGAGGAGAGGAAGAGGGGGAGGUGGAAGAAGAGGAGAUGGAUGAUGGUAGUGAAGGGGACGAGGAGGAGGAAGAAGAGGGGAGGGAGGAGGAUAAAGCAGAGGACGGAGGAACAGAGGAGGACGACGCAGCAGCAACUGCGCUCCUCGCCAAGGCUGACGUGUCCCUCUCUGCCACUGCCACGUGUGACUCCUUUGCUGACCUGGCACUGGCGCCAUGGCUGGUUGCCACGUGUCACGAGAUGGGUCUGCGCCAUCCCACCCCAGUGCAGUGUGCGUGCAUCCCCCCCGUCGUUGCGGGGAGCAACGUGAUUGGUGUGGCUCAGACCGGCAGUGGGAAAACGGCUGCUUUCGCCCUGCCCAUUCUGCAGAAACUAGCCGAGGAUCCCUAUGGGGUCUUCGCGCUCGUCCUCACGCCCACCAGGGAGCUCGCUCUGCAGAUCGCCGACCAGUUCCGCGCUCUGGGGUCGUCGCUGUCUCUGCGCUGCGCUAUUGCUAUCGGCGGGGGUGACAUGGUGGAGCAGGCUAUGCAGCUAGCAAGUCGGCCGCAUGUGGUGGUGGCAACGCCGGGGCGAUUGAGGGAGAUGCUGCAGCAGGAGGCGAGCAUGGAGCGAAUCUUCAGCAACCUGCAGUUCCUGGUGUUGGACGAGGCCGAUCGCCUACUGUGGGUUCGAGGAGGAAAAAGCGACAAUUCUGCUGCACCCUCUUUUGUUUUCUUUAUCCCAUCUACAUCUUCUCCUCCUCCCAUCCGCUCCAUCCUCUCCCAUCCCCAGUUCUUAGUCCUGGACGAGGCGGAUCGCCUGCUAGACCGUGGCUUUGAGGAGGAAAUUGGUGCGAUUCUGGCGAGGAUGCCGAAAGAGAGGCAGACGCUGCUCUUCUCAGCUACUUUCACUGCCAACCUGCACGCACUCAAGGCUGUGAGCAAAACCAAGAAGCUGUUUCUCUUUGGGGCCUACCAGGGCUUUAAGACAGUGGAAGCUCUGGACCAGACGUACCUCUUUUCCUCCCCGCCAACGUGCGAGACGUCGACCUCUGCCGCCUCCUCUUGCAACUGA